AUGUUUGGAAUACCUGUUCCAAGAUAUGCCCUUGUAAUUAGGGAAGUCCCAUACCAGCAACUGGAUUACUUUACUGAGGAAGAAGAUUUUGUUGAGGUUCGUGGCAAGCGGUUUUUUAAGCCAUUUGUGGAGAAGCCUGUUGAUGAGCUCAUGAGCCCUAUGCAGCUGUUCCUUUUCAGAGACAUGGGCUGGUCUUACAAGGCUCAUGGAAAAUAUGUUGGAAAUAGGUCCAGUGAGUUUCACCCAGACGUGAGAAGAGUAAGGCGUGAAGGAUCCUAUAUUUAUGAGGAAUUUAUGCCAACUGGAGGGACAGAUGUUAAGGUGUAUACAGUAGGUCCUGAAUAUGCUCAUGCUGAGGCAAGGAAGUCACCUGUUGUUGAUGGUGUUGUUAUGAGAAAUCCUGAUGGGAAGGAAGUAAGAGACAUUGUUGUUGUUGUUGUUGGUGGGCUAGAACAGAAGACGGUGCUGGGGUUAGCAACUGCAUUGGUUUGUGGUAGUGCAGAAUGGGAAUGCAAACAUCUCAUGGUUGUCAUAAUUGAGAAGGAACUAACAUGUACCAUUACAAAGCAGGUUAGGUAUCCAGUGUUACUGUCUCCUGCUGAGAAGGAAAUGGCAAGAGAAGUUUGCAUUGCAUUCAGUCAAGCGGUUUGUGGGUUUGAUCUCUUGAGAAGUGAGGGACGGUCAUAUGUUUGUGAUGUGAAUGGGUAUUAUGAUGAUUCUGCAUGUGUAUUGCGGAAGAUGUUGUUAGACGCAAAAGCACCUCAUCUUUCUUCAGUGAUUCCACCAACUUUACCAUGGAAAGUAAAUGAAUUAGUCCAACCUAAUGAGACACUAACCCGUCAAGGUAGCGGUAUUAACGGCACUUUUGGACAAUCUGAGGAAUUGCGAUGUGUAAUUGCUGUUAUUCGUCAUGGUGAUAGAACUCCAAAACAGAAGGUGAAGCUAAAGGUUACUGAGGAAAAACUGUUGAACCUAAUGUUGAAAUACAAUGGUGGCCGGCCCAAAUCUGAGACAAAACUUAAAAGUGCUGUUCAGCUCCAAGAUCUGUUAGAUGCCACAAGGAUGCUAGUGCCACGCACUAGACCAGAUCUAGAAAGUGACAGUGAGGCUGAAGAUGUCGAGCAUGCUGAAAAGCUUCGUCAAGUUAAAGCAGUUCUUGAGGAGGGAGGACAUUUCUCUGGCAUAUAUAGGAAAGUACAACUAAAGCCACUAAAGUGGGUAAAAGUGACAAAAAGCAAUGGUGAAGUAGAAGAACGACCUGUUCAAGCUCUUAUGAUUCUUAAAUAUGGUGGUGUUCUUACACACGCAGGCAGAAAGCAGGCUGAAGAACUGGGAAGAUAUUUCCGGAAUAAAAUGUAUCCAGGAGAAGGUACAGGGCUACUUCGCCUCCACAGUACAUACCGUCAUGAUCUAAAGAUUUACAGCUCUGACGAGGGUCGUGUGCAGAUGUCUGCAGCUGCUUUUGCCAAAGGUCUUCUUGACCUAGAAGGGCAGCUAACUCCAAUCCUGGUUUCCCUUGUUAGCAAGGACUCCUCCAUGUUGGAUGGGCUGGAAAAUGCCAGCUCUGAAAUGGAAGAAGCCAAGGCUCGGUUGAAUGAAAUUGUUACAUCUAAUGGUAAGACAGUUGAUAGCAAUGGAUCACCUGAAUUUCCUUGGACGGUUGAUGGAGCUGGAGUGCCACCCAAUUCAUCAGAAUUACUAUCCAAUUUGGUAAAGUUGACUAAGAAGGUUACGGAACAAGUAAGACUACUUGCAAAGGAUGAAAAUGAGAAACUUACAGAAAGAAACUUAUACGAUAUAAUUCCUCCUUAUGACCAAGCAAAUGCACUUGGUAAGACAAAUAUGGACGUUGACCGAAUAGCUGCUGGAUUACCUUGUGGUAGUGAAGGAUUUCUAUUAAUGUAUGCUCGAUGGAAAAAGCUUGAAACGGACUUGUACAAUGAACGCAAGGAACGCUAUGAUAUCACCCAAAUUCCUGAUGUUUAUGAUUCAUGCAAAUACGAUCUCUUGCACAAUGCACAUCUUAAUCUAGAAGGACUUGAUGAGCUUUUCAAAGUUGCUCAGAUGCUUGCUGAUGGUGUUAUUCCAAAUGAAUAUGGAAUUAAUCCAAAGCAGAAGCUGAAGAUUGGCUCAAAGAUUGCUCGUCGGUUAUUGGGGAAACUUUUAAUUGAUCUGAGAAACACUCGAGAGGAAGCCAUUAAUGUUAUAAAGAAUAACCAAGACCUUUCAUUAUCUGAAAAAAUUAAGGAAGAUGCAGAGGCCAAGUCAAAACUAUUCCAUAAGAAUGAUGAAAUAGAUCAAGAUGAUGAUGCGGACAAAGAGACCAAAUAUCGUUUAGAUCCAAAGUAUGCAAAUGUGAAGACACCUGACCGCCAUGUGCGAACACGCCUAUACUUCACAUCGGAAUCACACAUUCAUUCUCUUAUGAAUGUUCUUCGUUACUGUAAUUUGGAUGAAUCCCUUGAAGAAGAAGAGGGUCUUGUUUGUCAUAAUGCUCUUGAACGACUAUCUAAAACAAAGGAGCUUGACUAUAUGAGCCACAUUGUGCUUAGGAUGUUUGAGAACACAGAGGUGGCUUUAGAAGAUUCUAGAAGGUACCGCAUAGAGCUGACCUACAGCCGUGGUGCCGAUCUAUCCCCCCUGGAGAAGGAAGGUAGUGAGUGUACUUCACUGCAUCAGGAGCACACACUGCCGAUCAUGGGUCCAGAGAGGCUGCAAGGAAUAGGAUCAUAUCUGACAUUAGAAACCAUGGAAAACAUGAUUCGUCCAUUUGCCAUGCCUGCGGAAGACUUUCCUCCAACACCUGCAGGAUUUUCUGGCUACUUCUCAAAAAGCGUGCUUGAUCGUCUCGGAGAGUAG